AUGACUUCUGGAAAGCCCGAGAUUGGCUUCGUCGGCCUCGGUGCCAUGGGUUUUGGCAUGGCCACCAACCUCGUCAAACAAGGAUAUUCCGUCAAAGGUUACGAUGUCUUUCCUGCAUCAGUCGAGCGAUUCAGGGCAGCUGGUGGAAUUCCCGCGACAUCUUUGAGAGACUCGGCGGAGGGAAAACCGUACUAUGUCUGUAUGGUCGCAUCAGCACCUCAAGUGCAGGAUGUGUUGUUUAACCCAGAAACAGGAAUCCUAGAUGUACUCCCUCAAGGCGCGACAUUCCUGCUUUGUUCCACUGUCCCCUCAGCAUAUGCUCAAUCAGUUGAGAAAGAAUUCAAAGCUCGCGGGCGAGACGAUAUAAUCUUCAUUGAUAGUCCUGUAUCUGGCGGAGCUGGUCGUGCAGCUGAUGGAACGCUCUCGAUCAUGGCCGGAGGAAGCGCCGCUGCUCUUGAGAAAGGAAAAUUCCUUCUUGAAGAAAUGUCCGACCCGAAGAAAUUAUACUUGGUUCCAGGAGGCAUUGGAGCGGGCAGCAAUAUGAAAAUGGUACAUCAAGUUCUUGCGGCGAUUCACAUUGCUGGUGUGAGUGAGUCUAUGGGUCUUGCAGCACGACUCGGAUUGGACGCUCAUGUCGUGGCGGAUGCAAUCAUAAAAUCCGAUGCGUGGACAUGGAUGCACGAAAAUCGCAUCAAGAGGAUGCUGGAAGAAGAUUGGAACCCAGGUGCAAGCGCCAUGACAAUUAUUCUCAAAGACGUGGGUAUCAUCACAUCUACCGCACGACUACACAAGUUCCCUACACCUCUUGCAUCAUCAGCCGAACAACUUUACCUUACCAGUCUGGUUCAUGGCUAUGGCCCUAAGGACGAUUCAUCUCUUGUCCGCAUGUACACCUCUGAACCCAUAGCCAGCGUGAAGUGUACUCUAUCACCAGAGGAAACAGCGCGUAGACUCCAAAUGGUCAUCAAGUGCAUGCAAUACACAAACAUAGUCGCAGCAGCCGAAGCAGUUGCCUUUGCGCGAUACCUGAAUGUUGACAUGAAACAAUUCUAUGACUUGGUCAUCAACGCCGCCGGAGGCAGCAAGAUGUUCAACACCCUAGGCGUGACAAUGGGCGAGGGAAUCACAAAGGGGAAAGCACCGGAGGGAACUUUGAGUAUUGAUGGUAUUAUUGAGGAGCUUAGUGCUAUUGUGCAGGAGGCAAGGGAUUCAUUUACGCCAUUGCACCUGGCUACCGAAGCGUUGACUCAGUAUAUGGUAGCGCAGCGACGUGGAUGGGGGUCUGAGGCUGCUACAAGCAUUGUUAGGAAUAUUAUUGCAUCAAUCAUUGGGCUGUUGGUACCUUUAAUCCAUCACGGAAGUCGCCAUUCAAACAAAGUCAACGAAGACCAACCCCAAAAUUCAUAUAAAAUGCCUCACCCAAGCCUAAAGGGCAACCGUGCCCUCGACAUCCUCGACAACGCCCUCGCCGGCAAAUAUGGUGUUCCCGCGAUGUGCUGUUAUAACAUUGAAGGUAUUCUAGCUACCGUCCGUGCCGCAGAGGCCAAAAAAUCUCCAGCCAUGAUCCUCCUCUUCCCCUGGGCAGUCCAAUACGCAGAUGGCCUGCUCGUUCAUGCAGCUGCCGAGGCUGCCAAAAAGGCCAAGGUCCCCGUCACAGUCCACAUGGACCAUGCCCAAUCACCGGAGAUCAUUCGCUAUGCAGCCGAUCUCGGUGGCUUUGAUAGUAUCAUGGUUGACAUGAGCCAUUAUGAGAAGGAGGAAAACCUGGCAAAGACCCGCGAGUUGGUUGCCUACUGCAACGAGCGUGGAAUCGCAACGGAGGCAGAGCCUGGUCGUAUUGAAGGCGGAGAGGACGGAGUGGCAGACACCGCUGACCUUACCGGUCUAUUGACUACCCCUGAAGAGAGCCACGAAUUUGUUGCCACGGGUAUUGACUGGCUCGCACCUGCUUUCGGUAACGUUCACGGCUCAUAUGGCCCCCGUGGUGUGCAAUUGGAGUACGACCGCCUGGAGUCCAUCAACCAAGCCAUUGGCAACAAAGUGCGCCUUGUUCUUCACGGAGCAGACCCUUUCACAACCGAGAUUUUCCAAAAGUGCAUCUCCCAUGGCGUCUCCAAAAUCAAUAUAAACAAGGUCAUGAAUUCCGAGUACUUGCGAGUGCAGGCUGAGAAGGCUGGCAAAAUCCCCUUGACUACUUUGCAUGAGGAGGCCACCAAUGCCAUGCAGGCAGCUGUUGAGCGAUGCAUGGAUAUGCUGGGUUCUACUGGAAAGGCGGCUUGA